GUGUUUACAAUACAAGACGGACCAGGCCCAGGACGUGAAGAAGAUCGAAAAGCUCCACGGGAAACUAAUGAGACUCAUGGUGUCCAAGGAGACGCACAGCGGUGCCAUGGAGACGGACUAAUAUGCUCUAGAAGCACCUGGACUGAGUUCAGUGGACAGACACAGUAGUUGAUGAGGGCAUAGUACCAUCGGAGUGCGAUGUGGCGGUCGUGAAGAGGGAGUGUGAUGAUGAGAUUGAUCUGGCUGCCUACACUGAUUUAAUACUGUCAGAGAUGUGAUUAUACGUACUGUAUAUAUUUUAUUAUCUCAGGAUUCAGUUUUUUAUGAUUCUUUCUUAGUCAUUAAAAAUCCCAUUAUCUGGCUUUUCCUUUUCAGGCAUUUUGAUCACAUCCCUGAUGGUAUUAAUAUACAGUAAGGUCACUAUAGGCUGCUGGGAACUUGUAGGAAAUGUAGAGAUGGAGAAUGAGUGGGGUUGGGGGAAUGGGGAACAAAACGUACAAAUCCUCUGCUGCUGUGUAAGCAGCUUUGGCACCUUGAUUCUUUUUAGGAGCCUGCAUUUAUUUUCAGUUUUAAAGGGGACAUAAAAGACGGGCAAUGAAGACGUUGCAUGUCUUUUUCUAUUUACAUCAUGUAGCUCUGUUGGAUUCAUUUUCAGCACAGCGAUUUGUUUCAUUAUGUCUGUCCUCAUGGACUCGUGCCACAUGAAUGAAGCAGGACCUUCUGAUUUCCAAACAACGGUGUGGAGAAACCCGCGAUUUCUACCGAGAAACCCCCACACGUGCAAAUGCCAU